AUGGCAUCCAGGACAAAGCGAGCCCCGAGCGUCCAGUAUGAGCUGGAAGAGUUUACUUUCAAGGCCAGGCUCUCAGUGUAUGGGCUGGCGCAGGAGCAGCAGAAGGCGAUCCGAAAGAAAUCGCUUCUGCACAGGCUGGUAUUUCUGGCUAAGAUCUCCCCGGAGCUGGCCGACAAACGGGAUUUAGCAGGGUACUGGCACCGCCUCUUCCUGAGUCUGCAGCGCUACUACCAGGGCGAGGGGGUCACGGGCCUCCUGCUGCUCUACCCCACCUACGUGGUGCACACCCUGGAGGCCUCCAGCGAGGUGCUUUACUCCAUCCUGAGGGACCUGCGAGACAUGCAGCCCCAGCAGCACAGGGCCCUUGUUCUAGAGCCCAAGAUCCUGGUGCUGUCCCACAACAUUCCCUCCCGGCUCUUCCAGCAGUGGAGCUACAAGGUGCUGGCUGUGCCCAGCAGGCACCUGGGCUACGACACCUCGCGCGAGGAGCCAAUUGAGACCAUCACUGGUGAGUGCCUGGCGAUGCUCCUGAAACUGGGGACGCACCUGCUGAAAUACCCCAAGAGCCCCCCAAACCUCCCUGAUGCUGUUCUGGAGGAGGUCCCCAACUUAAUUGUUCCCCAGGACACCAUCUGCCACCUCCUGGAGUGCCAGGAGCUCCUGAGCCCUGCGCAGUUCCUGCAGGCCUACGAUUCCCCCUUGAACGUCGUCAUGGACUCAGAGCGCGUGUGGCCACUGCCUGGGAAGGUGAAGCUGGACGCCGUGAGCUCGUGA